AUGACUGCAGCUGGUGUGACGGCUACUGGAACCUGUGCUCUUGUGAUGGCCACUCUGUGCCAGCACUACCUCGAUGCCCCCAAAGACCUUACUCCCACUGAGAAGUACCUCAUUGCCACCCAAUCCUGA